GUGUGCGGUUCGCUUCGUCGGUUCGGGUCGAUUUGGUGGUAUUCCUCGGUCCUGAUUAUCCGAGCUGCAGGAAGCGAGCACGAGAGGAUUAUGUCAUUGCAGCCAUGGCCAAGAUAAUCUCGACGAUCAAGGCCAUCCUCACGAGGAUCAUCUUCAGUGCGCACAGCCUGCUGGCCAUUUGGCAGGUGGUGGCUUUAAAGAGUGAUAUCAUAUACUGGGCACUAUGUGGACCACUGCUGUUGCUGCUGCUCGAGGGCAUCUUCACCAUCAUGAUCAAGAAGACGCAGGAGUGGCGCUGGUUCUGCCCCUCGGUUUUCCUCUACCUGAGCAGCAUUGUGCCGGCGAUAUGGCUGCUGGAGCUGGACAAGGUAGCACGUCGGGUGGGCAACAUGACAUCGACCAACUCGACGGUCUACAGUCCGAGCAACUACAGCAUUCCCGUGGGCAACACCACCAUCUUCAUCACCAGCACCAACAGCAGUGGCGUGCCACCGGUGGCCACUCUGCUGGGUCAGGCCGGGGUCACCCUCUCGGUGACCCCGGACACUUGGACAACCCUCAUCGAGCAGUUCCUCAUGCUCAUCCUGAUCGUUGGUCGCUGGCUGCUGCCCAAGGGCGAUCUAACCAGGGAUCAGCUCAGCCAGUUGCUCCUGGUCUACAUUGGCACGGCGGCGGAUAUUAUUGAAUUUUUCGAUUCCUACAAGGAUGACUCGAUAGCAAAGAUUGGAUUCCUGGUCUUCCUUACACUGGGCAUAUGGUCCUGGAGCCUCAUGCAGUUCACCAUCGUGCUGUCCGCCACUCGAGGACGACGACCACGAGGCAGUGGAUCGCAUCACAAGGAGGAACAUACAGACUGUUGCCAGAACUGUUGCUGUGGCAUUGAUGUUUGGGGCAUCGUACUCAAUGUGAUCCUGCAGGAUGCGCCCUUCCUCACCUUUCGCCUGCUGAUUAUCUUCCAGUACAAAAUCAUUAACUACAUGAACGUCUUCUUUACAUGCAAAAACUCGUUGGUGAUCAUCCUGCAGCUUUAUCGGCUAUAUGUGGUCAACGCCGAGUUCUGGAAAAAUCGGCGUGAAAGUCGAAUGGCCAAGUCACGUCAGUUUCAAUCUCGUCGAAAAGUGCAGGAUGCUGAUCAGAACAGCAUUUACAUGAUAUCCAACGAAAGGGGUGGUGAUGUCAAAAAGAAGAUCAAAAGGGCCAAGGACAAGGACUAUGCGGAGCAGGAGGCGGUAUACAGUAAAAAGAAGAAGGACAAGAAGGACAAGAAGAAGCGCAAACGCAAGGAUACUGGCUACUCCACGGCCAGCUCGCAGAAUCUGUACUCCACGAAGGCGAGUGGCACGGACAAGGACACUCGCCGCAAGGACAAGAAGGGCAAGAAGUCCAAGCGCACCUGCAGCAGUUCACCCAGUGACUGCGACUUGGCCAAAAAGCAGAAGCGCAAGAACGCGGAUAAAAACGAUAAGAAAAAAUCCCGCAAAAUUGAGGCAGUCGUGGAGGAGUCGAGCAGCUCGAGCAGCAGCAGCUCCGAUUCCAGCAACUCCACUCUGCCCAGCUACGAGGUCAUCGACGAGAAGAAGGCCAGGCGCAGGAAGCACCGCGGAAGUAGUAGCGACACCAGUUCCGGGGACAGCAGCUCCUCCAGCUCCUCGUCCUCCAGCUCGGACUCGUCGUGAAUGAGGCACUUUUUUGGCACUAACGCCAGACGUUAGGGAAUCGAUUUUUUUGGCAGUCACUUGCCAGCAUUCAAGUGGCUGCGCCGCUGCUCCGGGAGCUCAGAUUUGUAAGACCCCAAGGGGCAGGUCUAUAAUUUGAUUGCAAACACACCGAGCGUUAAUCAUGAAAAUACCACAUGCUUACGCUUUUACAUUAAAAUGUUGUGAGAUACAAAAGAAACUGCAGUGAGUUUU